AUGAGUGCUGAGGCGAAUCCGAAUCCAUUUCCUUCAUCGGCAACCGAUCCAGGUGGAAACGAAGCCGUGGCCGUCGGUGCCACGGACCAGGAUGGUGACGGCGCCGGACCGAAUGGAGCAGUACAGCAGGCGAACGGCGCCAUACCCGACCUGCCUCCACCGAAUGCCGCUGGGAAACAACCUCUCGUUAGACGGUUGUUUCGACGACAGAAUCGUGUACACAACACCUACGAAGCACAGACGGCCAAGUACGGCCUCGGCGGAAACGUCUCCGAGCCGACUGCACCGCCGACUACGGACGAGCAACCAGUUGAAGGCAGAAACGGCUUACCGUUGCAACGAUCGCUGUCAGUGAAGGAGUCGGCUGCUCAACCGGGUGUGUCGAUACGGGAAAUGUGCUCUGUGCAAACGGAUUCAAAUUGA